AUGCAAGUCGUAGAAGACGUAGAAGAGAGAGAUGGUAUCAGACUCAGUUGGAACGUCUGGCCGUCAUCACGUAUUGAAGCUACAAGAACAGUAGUUCCAAUAUCAGCCUUAUACGUACCAUUCAAGGAGAGAGAAGACCUCCCACCUGUUUUAUAUGAGCCAGUCACUUGCAAAGCUUGUAGAUCUAUUCUCAAUCCUUAUUGCCAAAUUGACGUUAGAGGUAAAUUAUGGAUUUGUCCAUUUUGUUUAUCAAGAAACGCUUUCCCACCUCACUACAAAGAUAUCAGCAAUACAAAUUUACCUGCAGAGUUGUUGCCAAAGUAUACCACGAUUGAGUACACACUAUCUAGACCAGUACAAGUACCACCAAUUUUCUUAUUUGUCGUCGAUACUUGCUUAGAACCAGAAGAUUUCGAAGCGCUUAAGGAGACUAUAACACUCGGUUUAUCACUUCUUCCACCUAAUGCUUUAGUCGGUUUGAUUACAUUUGGUACAAUGACACAGGUACAUGAGAUCGGAUUUAAUGCUUGUCCAAAGAGUUACGUUUUCAGAGGUACUAAAGAUUAUUCACCUGGUCAGAUCUCAGCCAUGUUAGGUAUCACUCCUCGUUCUACUACCCUUCCAUCACAGCAACAACAAAGACCUGGACAACCUCACGGUGCUGCUAGAUUCUUACAGCCUGUACAAGAUGCUGAAUUCCAAUUGACUAGCAUCUUGGAUAACUUGUCAAGGGACCCUUGGCCCGUCGCAUCCGAUAAGCGUAGCUUGAGAUGUACAGGUGCUGCACUCUCAGUUGCUGUUGGUAUACUCGAAAAUAGCUUCCCUAACUCUGGUGCAAGAAUCAUGACAUUCGUUGGUGGUCCUGCAACUGAAGGUCCAGGUAUGGUCGUAUCAAAUGAAUUAAGAGAACCAAUCAGAUCACACCACGAUAUUGAGAGAGAUUCAGUUAAGCACUUUAAGAGAGCUACUAGAUUCUAUGAAUCUUUAGCCAAGAGAGCUUCAUCUAAUGGUCACGUCGUUGACAUCUACGCUGGUUGUCUUGACCAAAUUGGAUUGUUGGAGAUGAAGUCCUUAUCUAAUCUUACAAAUGGUGCUCUAGUACUCAGUGAUUCUUUCGCUACUUCGAUCUUCAAGCAAUCAUUCCAAAGAUUAUUCGAAAAGGAUGAAUUUGGUAAUCUCAAAAUGGGCUUCAAUGCCACAAUGGAUGUUCAAACUAGUAAGGAGUUGAAGGUUUCUGGUGCAAUUGGUCAUUUAACGUCUGCACAAAAGAAGUCUGCAUGCGUUGGUGAAACUGAAAUCGGUGUUGGUCAAACAUCAGCUUGGAAGAUUGGUUCUAUAAAUCCAAGAACAACUUUAGGUGUUUACUUUGAAGUUGUUAGCCCAUCUGGUCAACCAGUUCAACAAAAUUCAAGAGGUUUAAUUCAAUUUAUUACCCACUACCAAUCAUCUUCAGGUCAAUAUAAAUUAAGAGUUACAACUAUUGCAAGAAACUUUGCUGAUGCUGGUUCACCUGCAAUCGCAGCUUCAUUUGAUCAAGAAGCUGCAGCAGUUUUGAUGGCAAGAAUAGCAGUUUUCAAAGCAGAAAUUGAUGAUAGUCCUGAUGUUCUUAGAUGGUUGGAUAGGAUGUUAAUUAGAUUAUGUCAAAAAUUCGCUGAUUAUCAUAAAGAAGAUCCAACUUCAUUUAGAUUAUCAGAAAACUUCGGAAUUUAUCCUCAAUUUAUGUUCCACUUACGUAGAUCACAAUUUUUACAAGUGUUUAACAACUCUCCUGAUGAAACUGCAUUCUAUAGACAUAUUCUCAAUGAAGAAGAUGUCAACAAUAGUUUAGUUAUGAUUCAACCAACAUUGAUGUCAUUCAGUUUGGAAGGUCCACCACAACCAGUCCUUCUCGAUUCUAUUAGUAUAAAGAACGAUGUUAUACUCUUAUUGGAUACUUUCUUCCACAUCUUGAUAUGGCACGGUGAAACUAUCGCACAAUGGAGGAAAGCAAACUACCAAGAUCAAGAAGGUUAUGAAAACUUUAAAGAAUUACUUGAACUUCCAAUUUCAGACGCACAAGAUUUAUUAGCUGAUAGAUUCCCAAUACCACGUUACGUCGUUUGUGACCAAGGUGGAUCACAAGCUAGAUUCUUGCUCUCAAAACUUAACCCAUCAACUACUCACAUGUCAGGUGGUAUCUAUGGUUCACAAAAUGCAGCUGGACAGGCUAUCUUUACAGAUGAUGUCAGUUUACAAGUAUUCAUGGAACACUUGAAGAGAUUAGCCGUUGGUGCAUCAACAUCAUAA